AUGUAUUUAAUUCUAGCAAUGGCCCCAGAAGAAUUAAUAGCAUCAGACAAAGUAGCUCUAAUAAUUUCAAAUCGUUCAUAUUCCCCAAAUAUGACUAAUUUAAUUACUCCACAUUGUGAUGCUGAAACAUUAGCAGACGCUCUUCAACAACUUAAUUUUAAAACUGUUACUUUGGGGGAUUUAAAUCUUUCUGAAAUGAAACAAAUGAUUAAUGCUUACAAAAAGUUGUUGGGGGAGGGAGUUUAUGGUUAA